AUGGACGAAUUGAGCACCCGAUUGGAUUCGGAAAACCCAACUGUGGCCACUCAAAUCGUCUCAAAACUGGCCCAAAUUGUGAAAAAGCGCCAAAGUGGUGAUAUUUUCGAAGUGCCCGAGUUCAGACUCUUGCGGGAAAAGUGUAUGAGUGGCAGUGUUUUAGCAGCCGAGGCCAUUUUACAAAUUGUGAAAAGUGACCCCAAAGUGGCCAAAUCGGUGAUUACUGACUUUGUCACACUUAUAACAACGGCAAAGUUCGCCCCAAACGUGGCAUUUUUAAUUAAUAAUUUGCUAAUCACUGAUUUGGAAGAAAGUGGGUACAAAUCGUCGUAUAACUUGCAAGUGCCCCAACACCCCUUUAUUGUAAUGCUGAGAGAGGCGCCAAAUUCGUGGAGCGCGAUUUUUCGGGAGAUUAAUUUUUGUUACAGAACGGCAAACCCGAAAACGAUUUGUCAUUACAAUGAGUUACACAAACCGGUUUUUUUGUACGUUUUGUGUGACCCUAACGGGGAAAGUUUCCCGACUUUCAAACAAAAACUAUGGAGUUUUAUCAUCGAUAAUAACGAGGAGCUAAUUAAUUGCUUAUUGUCCUGGAUGCAAUUUGAAAACAGGGACACAAUCGAGAUUAACUCCGAAUUCUUGGCGGAAUUAUCCGAUAAUUUCGACCAAGACUUGCUACUUUUGUGGCAAGUUUCCUCCCUCUUCCAAUUGAUUAAAAGUAAUUACGACCCGCGAGAAAUCAUCUACGACAUUAAUGAAACACUGGACCAGGUCACAAACUUAAUUAUUUUAAACCCAAUUUUGUUAAUUCUGUCCAAAUCAAUUGACUUAUGUUCAGGGGCUUUCCUGUUGCCACUACUGAACUUAACCAAGAUAAUUGUUCACAAAUCAGAGUGUGAUUUAAUUACGUCAAACGUACUUAAAUCGUCGUUGUUGCAAUGGAUGGCAAGCCCGUCUGAUUUAAUUUCGCAAACUCAGAAAAUAAUUUCUGAAAUUUUUGCGAUGUUGGAAACCGACCAAAAAAACCUGACACGCCUUCGGGGAUUCACAGAAUUGUACAAAAAUUACGAAGGUUUGGUCGUCACAAACACUGACGUGUAUUUUUCGCUACAGACGUACAUUGUUCUGGAAAAAUGUCGAAACGACAAAGACUUGGGGUUGUUUUUGGCCAAGUUGGACAAAUCCCCUGAUUUUUUCAUUCUUCAAUUUUUUAAUUUCCUCCUUGGUUUACUUUUAACUGACUUUGAAGACCCGAAAAUCACGUUAAAAUCAUUCGAUCUGCUCCUCAAAUGUAUAAAUUCGAACAAAACUCUGUCCUCAAACCUCCUCACUGUCACUCUUUACAAGCUGACAAAAACAACCGACUCACAAUUGCACUUCAAACUCCUCAAGUCGUUGCCAAAAAUGGCAAAUUCGAAAAACAACUUCCAGAAAAUAAUUAGUACGCUCCAGGCUCUCAAUAAGGGCCCCAACCACCUCAAAACGUUCACCACAAGUCUCAUGUUCGAUUUGUGGACGAUCGACAAUAAGACAUACCCCUACUUGGAGCAGCUGCUCGUGGCCCCCUGGCAGCCCCCUUGCCACAAAUUCGAGUUCUACGUGACUCGGGCUCACAUUUUGAAAGAACUGUGUUCGCGCAAGCCCGAACUGUACGGUAAAGAGAUGGUGGCCCACUUGUCCAAAGUACUGAACGAGUGUCACGCCCCCGAGGGGGCCGUGGCCUCAGCCCUGGCCAUAGAAGGGAUAAGACACUUGUGCAAGUCGGAAAUUAUCGACGCGGUGACCACGUGGGCCACCUUGGAGCCGAUGUUCCAAAACGAGACUCGAAUACCGGUCAUCAAAAGUUUGUGUGGACUCAUCGGGGAAGUCCCGGGCUUGUCCUACUGUGACGAAUACCCGGAGUUUGGCGAACAAGUGGUCGAGAAAUUGUGGCAGUUUCUAGUCGUGAGUCCCGACGAUGAGGUCUGGAAGGGGGCCUUGGACGCUUUAAGCCACUUUACGAUCGAGCAAAUUGUGGCGAAAAUGCCCGACGAUUUCCUCGACGAGGAAUUGGUAAAUUUGCGCAAAACUGGAGCCACAAUCCCCGGCACAUGUUGGGUCAAUUUUUUGAAAAAUUGUAACCAUGCAAAGCUUCAAAUCGCCGCUGAUUUUUUGAUAAAAAUGGUCUCGCUUGAGAUUUCGCAAUAUUUGAAAUUUGUCUAUCAAGUGAAAGGGACUAGGGAGCCGGUCGAUUACUCCUAUCUGCCGGUCAGUAGCGUCGUGAGGGGGCUUUCAAGCCACAUUAAGGCAAACGUCCUCAAAUGGAAAACCGAUGUUUACAGGGAAGUUUACGUGGAGUGUUUGAGGAUUUUUAGCCAGGAGUACAGCAAGCCUUUGCCCCCUCUGGACUGGUGUUUCCUCCAAGAGUUAUUUCACGAGCCGCAAGCUAAAUAUUUUUGCAUAAGUAUAGCCGCACAUCAGGUCGUGCUUUCGGGCACUGCCAGACGCUUUAUCGUCAAUUAUAUCGAAGCAAUGGAUUUAACAAACGAGCCAGACGUUUUGCACGUUUACUCCAACUUGCAAUACCUCGCAAACAGCGUCCAACCAUUCACACUGCGCCCAUUCCUCGAAACAACCAUUACAACAAGUGUUGAUUUAUUUAAAAACGGAGACGAAAAACAAUUAAACGAAAUACUAAUCUACGUAAAAAACACUUUACGUAACAAAGAGAUACAAGAGGCUAACAAAAUCGUAAUUGCGCAAAUAAUCAGUGACAUUUUGGCCGAAACUUCGAUUAUAUCAAAGUUAUUUCAAGUUUUGCUUGACUGUGUUGUCCAUUUCCCAAUUAAAUGCAUAAAUGACUUGACCUCGCCUAAAACGGUCAAAGAAAUGCGAAACGAAUGGUUCAAAAAAGCGGUAAAAAUCCGCUCGUCUUUGGCUUUAAUCACCCAAGAGUCACCUUUAAACCUGCUUAAUGAAUUAAUCGAACACGGCUGUAAAUUCCCAACUGUCACACCUUUCAUGUUCGAAAACUUCGCUCAAGUGUUCCAAAAACACCAAAACAACACCGAAUGUGUGCUGUGGCUGUUGGAAUUACUCGGCCAGAUUCAGGCAAUCACAGUUGAAAAAUCGGACGUUAAAGAAAUACAAUUCUUGAGCGAUGUUUUCGUACUCGCCACGCUCGUAUUUUCCGGACAUUUGGCCUUUGUAGAGGGUUACAAAAGUGAGGAAAUGUACGAAAAGUUCCCUCGGGCCAUUGCUACGCUUUUGGACGUCAAUCAUUGGAGCAUUUGUGUGACACAGGCUCUUGAGUGGUUUCACCACACGUACACGGCAAAAACCCUAAACCGGGGAUUCACCGACAUGGUGUUAUCCAGUUUGAAAAGUUUGCGACACGAAUCGGAAUUUUGCAAAAACAUGAAAUGGACCAAAUAUCUAAACCUCGAAUGUGGAUCAUACUGAAGUCUCGUUAUCGGCCAAUGGGACGCUCAGUGACGUGGGUCGUGAAUCCGAAACGGCCAAAACCUCGUCUUCGGCAAAGUUCGGAGGCAAUGGAUGUAAUCUAGUUGGGUCCAAUAAAUUUUUAUUUUUC